ACUUGAAGAUCAAUGCUUGUUCUUCCAAUCACAGCAGGUAAAUCUUUCCCAUUCCUCAACACAUCAGGUUGUGUUGAGGUGCCUGUUUGGAAAACUCGAAGCAUCGCCAUCCAGUGAGAAGUCACUUCCUUCCCUCUUAAAUCAGCUUGAAAGUUUGCAAAGUCGCUGCGUGCGGCUCCCUGAUCGGAUGCAAGCAUGGGGUGCACCCUCUCGGUAUGGAGUACCCUCUAUGACUCGGUGGUUCCAAACGGCAGCGAUGUGUGGAUUGGCGACAGGAGGUUCAGGGUGGUUAAGGAGCUGGGAGAAGGCGGGUUUGCCUUUGUGUACCUGGUGAAAGAGAUGCCCACUGAGAGGCCGCAGGAGCGCCCGACCUCUUAUGUAGCCGAUGACGGCCAGUACGCAAUGAAGAAGUUUCUGAUCCAGACAGAGGAGCAACUACAACUAGUGAAGCAGGAGGUGGUUUCGUCGACGCGCUUUCAGCACCCCAACCUGCUCCCCCUCCUCGAACACUCCAUCAUCACAGUCAAGGAUAAGCACGUUUCCCCGCAAGGCGCCCUGGACGGGAACUGGACCCGGGAGGCGUACUUUUUGUUUCCCGUCUACCGAGAGGGGACGUUACAGGAUGCAAUCUCACAGAUGCAGGAGACAAAGGAUUGCUUCUCAGCGCCAGAGGUCCUACAGAUUCUGAAGCAAAUCUGCGGCGGCCUACUCGUGAUGCACUCGAGCGACCCCCCCUUUGCGCACAACGACAUCAAGCCGGGGAACGUGCUGCUAGAGCGGCGGAGCGGAAACAUAAAAGCGGUGAUCAUGGACUAUGGCAGCGUGUCCCCUGCACGACGAAAGGUGUCUACCAGGAAAGAGGCGCUCGUCCUGCAGGAGUGGGCUGCCGAGCACUGCACUGCCCCCUACCGCGCCCCCGAGCUCUUCGACACCCCCAGCUCGUGCGAGAUCGACGAGCGGACGGACGUUUGGUCGCUCGGGUGCACGCUCUAUGCUAUCAUGUACCACGUCAACCCCUUCGAGUUUGCCGUUAACGACAAGGGAGGCGGUGGCAGUCUAGCACUCGCGGCAAUAAGCGGCCGUGUACAAUGGCCCACAAGUCCAGUAAAAAGCUAUCCCCCUAGUUUUCACGACCUAGUAUUGUCGAUGCUCAACACGGAUUGGACGAGACGGCCUCACAUACGGGACCUUUGCAGAACUGUUGAAAAUAUGAUAAGCACGCUGCCGCCUGAGAUGUGAUUGCCCUUCGUUUUGACCUCUAACUAACUGAGAUAGAUAGGACAGACACUAACGUCUUCAUACGUUCACUGACUCGAUCUGAAUUAAUGUAACUUGAUACUGCUCAAACCGAACUCGCAAAUUCGAG